AUGUUUCGCUCAUACAAUGUGCAGCUUUACUCAAAAUCCAAAUUAGAUAAUCAUUCUGUAACAACUCCAACUCAGUCUUCAAGUAAUUCUCUUAGAGAACAGCCGACAACAAAACCUAUAGUAAUUGUGUGCUGUGUUGGCCGUACGUGUUUGUCAGCAUCGCUACAAUCCCUUUUACUGCAAAUUAUUGAAGAGAUGGCAUCUAAAUUUGAAGUCGAAAAUCAAAAUAUCAAGUCAUUAUGUGAAUAUGCUGAAGCAGUCCGAUUAUUAAAUACAAUGCUCAGUUACGCCAGUGCAUUAAAACCAAUCCUAAUCGUGAUUGAUGACAUUGAAUAUCUUUAUCCAGAUGAACAUGUACAAAUGUUUCAUUGGUUACCAUGUGAAUUACCCAAUCAAUAUAUUCGCAUAGUAAUGACAACAGGUGGAACAAAAAUUGUGAAAGGCUUUAAUAACCGAUUUGGUGAAGGUUGUUGUAUAAGUCUUUCUGCUUGUUUUCAAGCACAACAAAUAAUUAAUAAACUUUUACCAAAAUUAAUUCAAGAGAACCUUAGACACUUGAGUGAUGAACGAGGUGAAAAUGAUGACAUUCCACUUCAUUUGACACAAACUGACCAAGAUUUAAUCAACACAGUUGUACAAAAAAAUAUAACACCAGGUUAUAUAAAGUUAUUCGCUGAAAUAAUGGCUGUGAAGUUGAGUGGUAAAGCUAGCGUUGCCUUACCAGAAAAUUUACCAAGUGAUAUACCAGGUUUAUUUGUCUUACGGCUACAACAGAUACACUAUAUAGUAAAGCAACAAGGGCUACUAAGUGUUGCACUAUUACGUCUUUUGCCAUAUAUAGCUUGUUCACGCCAUGGUUUAACAUUUCUAGAGUUGAUUGAAAUACUACAAACUGACCCUGAUGUUCAACAGGCUAGGAAAAGAUCACAACAAGUCUAUUCACUACAGCAUUUUCCUGUUGGUUGUCUAAAACACUUGAUUUAUUCAUCAACUUAUGGUUUAAUAAAAUAUUUAAUGUUCUCAACAACAGAUGAUAGACUAUUACUGACAUUCACUUCUGAAUCAUUUCGUAAGGGUGUACUCAUGUUUUGGGGCUUCAAUACUGAUGAUUCCAAUCAACUACAGAUUGGAGGAAAUGAUGAUUUCCAAUUCAAUGAAAGUAAAGAUGACUUUGAAAAGGAUCAGAUGAUUGUUGCUCCGAAGGAAUUUGCAUUUCAUCGUUAUUUAUCAGAUUAUUGGUUAGGUAAUAAUGGUGGGAAAGAUGACUAUGAACAACAACCUCAACAACUGAGUCAACAGUAUGAAAAGAAGUUGAAUACCUCAGAACAUACUGAAGACGCAUUUAAUACAAUGUAUUAUUGGAUGGCUACGGAUAAAAUGAACACUGUUCAAUCAGCGAAGAGCAGUACUAGCGUUGUCACAGGAACUUAUGAUAAGCGAUACAUUUGUAAUGCACGUCGUCUCACAGAAGUACCCUAUCAGUUACUUCAAGCAGGCUCAGAUAAGAUACAAGAUCUAAUGAAACACGUUAUAUUUUCAUUUGACUUCAUUCUAGCAAAAAUUUUGUUAGGUUCUAGACCAAAUGAUGUAAUUACAGAAUUCUACUAUGUAAGACAGUUAAAUCAGUUGCGAACAAAUGAUGAAAUUGUGUAUCUGUUAAGUUUAUUACGAAGUCUGUCUACAAAGUUAUCAUUGGUGCCGACACUAUUAAGUGUAGAAAUAGCCGGACGAAUUGGACAUUUAGCCAGUACAGAGUAUGUGAACAUAGGACGUCAGUUACUGAACAGCAUCGAUUGUGAUUCAAAUAAAGUGAAUUGUCUUUUGCCAUUGUUGUCAAUAUGCUACACACCGCCAUUGCAACCUGAACUGAUACAAGUGAAAUAUAAAAGUUAUAAUGUGAAAUAUUCAUCUCUCAGUCAAAUACAGCAACAAGAGAAGAAAGAUUUGAUCACAAUAUCAUCUGAUUCAAGAUUUUUAUUGACUUUAACCAUAAAUGAUAUGGAUAAAACAACUUUUGAGUCAUAUGCAAACAAAGAUGAAGUUUUAAUCAAUCUAUGGGAAGUGAAUUCCCUGACUAAGUCUAAUUCUUUCAGUCUAGGCAAAUGGCCAGACCAUAUAUUUCAUCGCGCCUAUAUGCCAACACAUCAAAAUCAAAUGGUUCUUCUUACCUAUUCAAUGAAAACCUUACAAACAAAAAUGUCUGGAAUUUUAGCGGUCAAUUUAGAAUUGGGUUGUGUUGAAGGUGAUUUAUCUGUCUCGUAUCCAAUUCGCCUGGAGAUUAUGUGUAUCUCCCGUAGUAGUAUCGUAGUAACACGAUAUGAAGCAAAGGAUAAUGAUGGAAAACGUAUAUCGAGUCAAGAUUACGCUACUGUCUAUUCCAUCCCAAAUCUUAAGCCAAUCACUGGAGCGCUACUCAAAGUCCCUAUGCCAUUUUAUAUAUCCCCAACAGAUCGAAUGUGUUUCGGACCAUCAAGAUGGCAAAUUCAAGGCAAAGUUAAUCUGGAGAAAAAGAGAAAGAGGAAUAGCACAGAUGAGAUGAAAGAAGUUAUGACUAAUUCAGUUCAAGUUCGACUAAAAAGUGCUCCAAAUGAUAUUUUAGCUUGGAUAAAGUGUCCAUUAGCUGCAGCUAUUUUUUUGACGAAUAUGAGGGGAGAAAAUCUAUUGAUUGGAUGUAAAAGCCUGGGUCAGAUUUAUAGGUUUGAUUUAACUACAAUUUCGGGGAAAGAAAUUCGGACUAUCAAGCCAAACAUGGAGCUGAAUUUGUACAAAAAUAUAAGGAAUACUGUGCAGAAUCAAACAUUACGAUUAUCUAACGAAAAGGGUCAUUAUGUCAGUCCUUUCCUUUGGGAUGCUGAUGCUCUGACUAUGCUUGAUCAAGCACGCCAUCAAGUGUGUGUACAGAAGUUUUGGCUGUCACCAGAUGAAAAGUAUCUAGCCGCGUUAUAUAAUGUUAAUGACUACCGUCUACUCAUAGGUAUUUGGCAGAUAAACUCUAGGUCAUUAAUAGCAGGUCUCCAAGGCUAUCAUGAAAGUCAAAUACGUUUCGGUGGUGACAACACAGGUACAUUUUUGAUACAUUUCAUAAGAUCAUCUAAUUCUCAAACCUGGAUUGAAUUAGCUGAAUUAAAUACCACUCAACCAACUCAAGUAAUGUCUGGGAUAAUGACGGUUAGACAGACAGCAACUGCAAAAUCUAGUACAAACGCUUUCGUAAAGUUAAAUAGAAUAUCAGCAUUUAAGACUCCCAUAGAUGAAACAUAUUUUAUUCGUGGUGGUAAUCUCAUAGUUGUAACAAAUGGAAGCAUUAUCUUGACAAGUAUCAAUGUACUUAGCUUGGGAUCAAAAAAUCAAGGGCCAAUGUCACUAACACCAAUUGGCAGACAGUUAUCCAGGGUUAAUUAUCAUCCUGAAUUAGACAUUAUUUACUCAACUGAAGUUGGUAAUCAACAACUGUUCACUUACUACAAUGUAAUUACUCAAAAGUUGAUAUCUGUUGAGUGCGCUAAAACAGUUUUACAAGAUCCUUUCAUGAAUGACUUUGAACCCGACUUCCUGAUGACACCGAUACUGGAGGAUACACCAUGUGAACGUCAUCUUAGUUCAGAUGGAAAGAGACUGGCACUGGUUUACCGGGUAAAAAACAUUGAUACCAUGAAUGUUAUUAAUAAUUCAUCAACAGAAGAUUAUACGAAAUUCAAUAAUGGAACAAAAGAAUACAGGAAACCAAAGCUACCAAAUAUAAAUUAUUAUACAUCCCUACAGGAAAAGUUUAACAGUCCACCGGGUAUGGGGUAUGAUCAAACAAUUAUACGUCUAUAUGACUUAGAUAACGCAGUCGGUGGUACUGGAUUACGAUGUCAGAUAUCUAUUAUAGGAGAAUUUAUAUUUCAUAUGUCAACCAAAUAUGGUAUCUAUACAUUGAAACCAGAUCAUGCCAGUAGCACACGCCUGACUGAAUAUACAGACUGCUUUAAAUCUAAUACAGUCAAAGACAGUCGAAACAAAAAUUCACUGAAUAAAUCCGAUGAAAAACCUCAAGCUCUACUAUCACGUUAUGCAUCUACAAAUGGAAGAUUUCUAGGAUAUACAUUUCUGCAACAUCCAGUUAUUAAAGGUACACAGAUUAUAUUCAAUGACCGUUAUCUAGUGUUAUGCUGUGGUGAAAAUGGACAAUGGAUACGUUUUCUUGAAGCACCAGAUUUUCAAAAGUUACUAUAUGAAGUAAAUUUACAUAAGCUAUUAAAGGAAAAUGAUGAUUAUUGUCGUACACCAAGUGUUCAGCGUGUUUUUACAUGUCAAGCACAACCUACUACGGUUAUCGUUCAAUACAUAUGGUUAGAACAAGAAAAUUCAACAUUCAACUUAACAGUGUUAAACUUGAGAAAAAAGCCAGAUGAUGGAUUAAUUAGGAGUCAAAUGUCGAUUGUAGACAAGUUGAUCGAUGUUUCUUCUGAUGGUAACUACGGUAUAGACGCAAAUUUACGACUGAUUAGUUUUCAGCAAGGUAGUAUUUUAGCAUUGUUGAACUCAUCAAAUCUUAUACCGGGUACACAAAAUGAUCCAAUUGUAUUAUGUGCACAAUUCACACCAGACAAAUUAUAUAUUAUCUGCGUUUUAUAUUCACUAGAAUACCAUAAUGCAUGGCUUGUCAUCAUACAGAAUAAUCAAGCCUAUAACAACUAUCCUGUUGUAGGUAGAGCAUUGUUGACACCAAUCGAAGAAACUUCUCUCAGUUCUACAGAAUUUUCAGACCUGCCAACAAUAAAAAUUGAGUUAGGACAUAAUGGUCGAUUGAUUGUUGUCAAGAUGGACAGUGUUAAAGAAUUUAAAUUGUUCACAAUACGGAAACGGGCAAAAUACCUUAAUCUAGUUCAUUCAAGUCCAAAUGAUCGAAUAAAAAAUUUAUUACCAAUAGAUAAGACUACAUUGGAUGAGAACAAUUCAUGGUCAAAUAAGCAAAAACAAGCAAAAUAUUUAGAUGAACUAUUUAUACGUUUUUCAGAAUCACUGUCAAUUAAUAGUGCAACAACUGGAACUGAAGAUGCUUAUGAUUACAGUGAUGACGACGAUAAUACAUAUAACAGUGGUUUAUAUAACAAUGAUACUGUCAGUUCAAAUUCCCAGUUAAGUAACAGUUUCCUUAAUCAAGAACAAAAACGAGAUAUUAUUUAUUCAACUGAUACUACGAAAAACCCUACUAAAUUCUCAUAGAAUAACCUUGACCAAAUAUGUUUACAUGAGUUACUUUUUACAGAAUGUCUUCAUUCACUCUUUUAUGUAAAAUGAGUGUUCUAUUUUGAUGACAUAGUGGACUGUAUUGUUUAUUGUCAAAUCGGUUUUCACUCUUUUAAUGAAUAACUUGAGUUGGUUUAAUGUUCAAUAAAAUUGACCCUGACUACUUAGAUAUUUAAAGUUUUUAAGAUUAUCAACUGUACCAGUUUUCUUUAAUCCAAUAAAAGUAUAACUUUG